GCCGUCUCUGCUGCGCCAAGUUGGGGGAACCUGUUGCUCGUCACGGAGGCGCUCCCGCCGAACUCGGCCCCGCACCUGGCGCUCGCGGCCGGCCGGCCGGCGUCCUGGCUUCGGUGAGCGGCCCGCGGGGUCGGCCGGGCGGCGGCGGCGCGAUGUGGCCCGAGGGCGCGGACGAGCGGCGGGCGCCCGAGCAGCCCCGCGACCGCCCCCGGAGCCCCGCGCGCGCCGCCCUCGAGCGCGAGCACGUGCGCGCGCACCUGCGGGCCCGCCUGAAGCUGCUGGAGGUGGGGAUCCUGCUGGACCGGCUGCAGCGCGAGGUGGACUCGGUGGAGGGCGCCGUGGGCCAGGGCCGCUGCGGGAGCGGCGAGGCGGAGGAGCGGGUGCUGAAGCUGUACGAGAAGGCGGAGAGGAAGGCCGCCGAGGUGGCGCGGAUGGGGCGGAGGAUCGUGGAGCUCCACGGCCAGAUCGACAGCUGCGGCUUCUCCUGAAGGACGCGGGCCCGGAAACUUGAGGUCGGAGUUCUGCAAGAGAGAAGACGCUACUUGGCUGCAGUUGCUGAAGCAAGAAGCCAGACCCCCUUCAGGGAUGUGGACACCACCGCUUUGGAUCAGAUUGAGAGGGCCCCCGGUGAGAUCGGGGGCUGUUGGGCACGGAGAGUGGUGAUGUCUGUGUUUUGGGAUUCUGCAGUCCAUCAGCUCGGAGCAGGAGAGCUGCGUUCUUUUCAUUUUCUUUGUUUGGUUGUUUCUUUUCUUUCAGAAAUGUAAUUUUUCUGUGGCCUGUAAACUGGUACACAUCGUGUAACGUGUCUGGUGAGCAACCUAGACUAAAGGAUGAGAUCUAGGUACUGUGAGUCUUGGCUGACUCUGAGAUAAACUUUUUUGAUCUAGUCAGGCAUUUCAGGAGCUUCUCUGCCACAACUGCACGUGAUAUUUGCAUGGCUUGGAGGGUUUGGGGAGGACAGCCUGGCGCUGACCGGGGUGGGCCCCAAACUGAUAGCAGGGAGCAUCUUCCAGGCUUAGAGGACCUCUGGCCGAGGUCCUCAGAGCAGAGCUCACAGGAACUGAGAGCAGGGCUCUAGCUUGUGAUAAAGUUCGUUUGCCUGGAAAACAAGCAUUGAAAGCCAGUUUUUGGAAUCUUUGUGCAAACUACCAAAGCCAUUGACUUGGCUGGGAAAAGGUGAGAUAAAUAAAUUUUUUUCACCAUGAAA